CACAUUUCGCGACCGGUAUUCGGAAAAGCGUAAAGUUAAUUUAUCAUUCUAAAGUGUGAUACAGUGUCGUGUGGUGUAACAUCGGUUUGUUUAAUUAUAAAUUGUGCUUUUUUUCUUUGUUACCUUAGUUCCAUUCAUUAUCAAAGUGCAAGUUUGAAAUUGUGUUCGAAAAAAGGAAUAGGUAAUUUUUUUGAGGUCGCAAUGAAGACCCGUGACGUAGUUCUGGUAACUGUCCUGGGCUGCGGCUCCAUUGCCGUACUUCUGGCGGUCGCAGUGUAUCUGUACAUCAGACGCAGAAGAAGAAAGAGGGAGGACGAUGAAGAUGGCACCAGUUGCGCCAUUCGGGCGGACCAGUCAUCAAGUGAUGGAGGUAGAGAGAAAAGUCUUUCCAAGCUUAAUGGAUUUUUAAGCUUAAAGACACCCCUGAUCAGCACUAAGACAUUGGGAGCGCAGCUUGAGACCACUUCUAUUAGUUCCCCCCAAGCUAAGUCACCGGCAAGUAGCAGCGCUGGAGCAGCUGCAGGCGCCUCCACUACAGCUGGAGAACGCACCCCGACAGCUCACAACAAACAGCUCCAGAAUGUCAAGGGACAAGAUCACCCGCCUCACCCAUCUAUGGCGUUCCUUCAGAAUCGAUCCAUUUCGCUGGUGGACAUGUACAUUGACAAUUCGGAGCCGUCAGAGAACGUCGGGCAGAUCCACUUCUCGUUGGAGUACGACUUCCAAAACACUACCCUGAUCUUGAAGAUUAUACAGGGCAAGGAGCUACCAGCCAAGGAUCUGAGCGGAACUUCGGAUCCCUACGUCAGGGUCACCCUGCUUCCGGAUAAGAAACACCGCUUGGAGACGAAGAUAAAGAGACGCACUCUCAACCCGAGGUGGAAUGAAACCUUUUAUUUCGAAGGCUUCCCAAUACAGAAGCUUCAGAGCCGGGUCCUGCAUCUUCACGUGUUUGAUUACGACCGCUUCUCGAGAGAUGACUCCAUUGGCGAGGUCUUCUUGCCGUUGUGCCAGGUGGACUUAAGCGAAAAACCUUCGUUCUGGAAAGCUCUGAAGCCUCCAGCGAAGGACAAGUGCGGGGAGCUUCUCACUUCGCUUUGCUACCAUCCGAGUAACAGCGUGCUGACCUUGACACUGCUGAAGGCCAGGAAUUUGAAGGCGAAGGACAUUAACGGGAAAUCAGAUCCCUACGUCAAAGUCUGGCUGCAGUUUGGCGACAAGCGCAUCGAAAAACGCAAGACGGCCGUCUUCAAGUGCACCCUCAAUCCGGUCUUCAACGACUCAUUCUCGUUCAACGUUCCCUGGGAGAAGAUCAGGGAAUGUUCGCUGGACGUCCAAGUUAUGGACUUCGACAACAUCGGCCGCAACGAGCUUAUCGGGCGGAUAUUGCUGGCAGGCAAGAACGGCUCGGGCGCGACAGAGACGAAGCACUGGCAGGACAUGAUAACGAAACCAAGACAGACGAUUGUGCAAUGGCAUCGCCUCAAGCCCGAAUAAACCACGAAGCGACCCCCAACUUGCUACACGUCAUAAGACUGAACGGUUAAAUGUUAAAAAAAAGCGAAUAACCAAAAAACAAAUAAAAAUUAAAAAAAAAACGAAAAAUAUCUCUUUCGGAUCUGUCUUUCGCGGCGUGUACAAAUUUUGUUUCUUUUUUGUGAGAUAUAUACUUAAAUUAAUUUUAUUUGAAUUAGAAAAAAAAGUUACAUAUAUUUUUUUUUUUUAUUCAUAUAAAUAAAUGUAAAUUAAAAAAAUUGCUUUAAUAUUUAUGUACUGUGUUGAGUUACUGCAUUCAGUUUGGAACGCGCACGCCAUUAUCUCGAACUUGACUGUUCUCUGAUAUCUCGAACGUUACUGCUUCUAAGCUAUUAAACGUAAUCUUGGAAACUAAAAACUUGAACAUAAAAAAAAAAAAACGUAACAAUUGUGAAAAAUUUCAUUGCCUUCUUCAAAACAUGUGAUAGAAUCAACCCAAUUUUUUUUUCAUUCCUAAAUAUAUAUUUUUUCAUUUAAACGCAUAAAGUGUUCGAAUUUUGAAAUACAUUUAUUUAAAAAAAAUGCGUGAUGAAAUUUUUCAUAUAUUGUUCCAAAAUCUUUAUGCAAAUGUUAACGUUGUUUAUAUAUUAUGAUAAUAUGUAAAAGUUGAAUCGACGUUGGGAAGUUUUGAACGAAACAUUGUUAGUUAAUUAAAUAAUUAAAUAAUAAAUAUAUCUUAAUAAUAUCGUUAAACGUAGUGAAUAUUAACAAAAGUCGAGUUCGUAUCGCACAAAAGUUGUAGAUUUUCAUUUAUUUAAAAACUCUAAUUGGACUAAACAAAUUCACAGUGCAGUGCAGUGCCGGAUUAAACAUGUAGCAAGAGUAGCAAUUGCUACGGGCCCCGCGCGAACGGGGGCCCCGUAUAUUUAAACCCACUCAUCUCUGCCCGAGCUUAAUUUUUUGAGUGACUUAUUAAGAAAAAGUUGUUUGUAUAAACGUGUAGAAUUUCAAUCAGCCUGAUAAUCAGCUCUACAAAAAGUCUGACGUAUGCAAGUACUCUUACCCGACACAGUGUGGAAGUGUAGCAUAAUUGAGAUGGCUCGAUUUAAGUUGUUAAAAUUAUAUAUUUAUUUGUAAGAUUAACAGUCUACAUUAUUAUUAGUAUAAUUUAGUAACCUGCUACGGGCCCCGCGCUUGCUCAAUCCGGCACUGCAUUGCUGUGCAUAUUUAUUUUCAUUACGAAAUUCUAGCGAUUCGGAGCACUAUCGAAAUUUUAAAGAGAUCAAACUGCCAAAUGAUAAACUAAUUUACAUUAUCACAGCACAACAAAAAUCUGUGUCAAAAACAAUCUUUGUUUAAAAACACUUAUUGCUUAUAAUAUGUAUUGAAAAAUUCUAAAUUUUAAUGUUAAGAUUGAAAAAAAAGGACGGUCAAUUUUAGGCGCGGUUUUGUAAAAAGAAAUGUAAUUUGUGGAAGAAAUGAAAAAGAAAAAAAAUUACGUAACUUUAACAAUAAUUUUGAGUCGGAAUUCGUUUGGAAAUUGUUUUUUUUUUAAUCCGACGUUAAUUAACCUAAGUUGUAUGCGAUGACCAUUUGUUAAAGGAUUGUUACAAAACAUAUUAUGGAUACAUUUUAAUAUAACAUAGUAUUUAUUAUGCUUGUUGUUGAAUGUUAAAAAAUAUUGCUUAUUGAAAAAGAAAAAAAAACGUAGAA